AUGGCCUCGGAUAGGUCACCGCCCCAGAAGUCGCAGCAACACCACGUGAGGCCCAAUUCUUCCUCUUCCGCUGCAGCAACUGCCGCGGGUCAACGUCGCAUGCCCACCCCUGGCCAGUCAUCCCGAACGGGUUCUGCCGACUCUCCCAUCCCCCAAGGGCUCGCCACCCUCAACGAACGGCAGUCCCAACCCAUGACUGCCAGUACUUCAACUUCAGAAGUUGCGGGUACGGAGCCGCCGAGUACCUCCGCCACUCCUGCGCCCUAUGGGACGCGCUCCAGAGGUCGUAAUGCGGCUCCUCGCCCCAACUACGCGGAGGACCGUGACAUCGAUAUGGACUUGGAAAUCGCUCAACCCGCAACCAAAGCUGCGAAGCGAACUAACGGUGUGCCUAACCAAUCUGCCAAUGGCACUAAAACGGAUGGCGACAAAUCAGCGCCAUCUUCAAAUUCUCGUAAAAGUCAAACGGCGGUGAAUGGAACUAGUCCCGCUUCUGCUGCCAAAGAUUCAAUUCCUGGUACCUCGUCCUUCUCUGCAAAACUGGAGGAAGCCAAUGGUGCUUCAAAUUCAAGAAAACGAAAGCAACCGGCCAGCGCUACGACUUCCAGUUCCGCAAAUGGGAGCGCAUCUAAAAAGAUCUUUACCACGGCCCCCGGCGCCAGUCAAGGCCAGAGUGACUCAAACUCGAACAUGGUCUCUUUUGAGAAUCGAGGCGCUCAUCUAGAAGAUGGCAAACUAACAGCUGACGAUGGCACAACGUUUUCCGUAAACGACCACGUUUACCUCAUCUGUGAACCCCCAGGAGAACCGUAUUACUUGGCACGUAUCAUGGAGUUCAUUCCAAACAAGGAUGUGCCUUCCGGUUCCAUUGAGGCAGUGCGCGUUAAUUGGUAUUACAGGCCACGUGAUAUACAGCGCAAAGUUGCAGAUACGAGACUUGUGUUUGCAUCCAUGCAUUCCGAUACAUGCCCGCUUACUUCGUUACGGGGAAAGUGUCAGAUUAAGCACCUCUCGGAGAUUGACGAUCUUGAGGAGUACAGAAAGACUCGGGACUGUUUUUGGUAUGACAAGAUGUUUGACAGAUAUAUUCAUCGGUACUAUGAGGUCAUUCCUACAAAAAGAGUGAUCAACGUCCCAGCGAAUGUCAAAAGAGUCCUUGAUGAUCGCUGGAAAUUUGUUCUUGUCGAGAUCGGUAAAAGGAAAGAACUGACCAGCGCCGUCAAAACCUGCAAGCGCUGCAGUUUGUAUGCUGCGAGCACUGAUUCCGUGGAUUGCGCCGUGUGCCACGAUACAUAUCAUAUGUAUUGUGUACGACCUGUUCUUACCAAGAAGCCCGCUCGCGGAUUUGCAUGGGCUUGUGCGGCCUGCAGUCGUGCCCAGGAGCGGAAACUUGAGGCUCGAAACACUCCAAUCCUUGGAGAGUCCCAAGCGGAAGUUGAAGAAGAAAUCGUCGAAGAGGAGGAGGAAGAGCCCAACGGUGCGAACGGCACAACAAGCAGCACCCCUGCCGUUGUCGAAGAAGAAGCCCCUCGGCCAGCCACAGAAGAACAGGUUGCGCAGGCCAGGAUGUGGCCUUACCGCUAUUUGGGCAUACACUGCCGUGUUGAAGAUGCGCUGGACUAUGACGACCGGAUAUAUCCUCGAGCAAGCUCUCGGUUGGGACCGCGGUUCCAGGCGAUCGUAAACCCUUGGCCAGGGCGCCCUGUGGAAUAUGUCAAGCCAACCGAUAUCAAGAAGAAAUAUAUGAAAAGUUCUGGAGGUCGCAAGGACUCGAAGCUCUCGAAAGAGGCCCUAGCCGCACUUGAAGCUGCGAAGCAAGAGAAGGCAAACAGACCAAAAUGGGUUAUGGAUGAGCCGCAGGGAUAUGUACGACGCGGUGAAGAUGAGCCGGUUACCGUGAACGGCAAGCAGGUGCGCACAGCGGAGUUAAUGUUCAAGAUGCCCACUGCGACCCAAAUACCCUCUCGGGGCGAAGACGAUGCGCCUGGUGCGGAUCUCAGCGCUGCGGAUCGAGAGAAGCUCAUCGACGACUAUAUGGCUAGAGCAAAGGAGAUAGCGCCUGAUCUUGGGGUCGAAAAGUACUCAACAAAUUUCCUGGAUAAGGCUUUGGAGUUGCUCUAUGCAAACAGUUUCGAUGUCGAGACUGCUCUUUCGAAAUUGAAGCAGAUGAACAAGUACAAGGAUCUAAAGGAACCCCAUUUGCGUCCUGAAGAAGUAAAAGCCUUCGAGCAGGGCGUUGCGAAGUACGGAUCGGAGUGGCGGAACCUGACGAAACACGUCGGUACUGUACCGCAUUAUCAAAUUGUGCGGUUCUACUACAUGUGGAAGAAGACAGCCCGCGGUCACCAGAUCUGGGAUCAUUAUGAAGGUAGGCGGGGCAAGAAGGAAGCCAAACGGAACAACCCCGCAAAGCUUGUGGAUGACGUGGCAGAUGAUUAUGAUGAUUCAGCCUAUGAUAAUGAGAAGGCCGUUGAGAAAAAGCGUGGUUUUCAGUGCAAGUUCUGCUCUACACGUACUUCACGCCAGUGGCGGCGUGCCCCUGGGAUCCCGCCCGGAACUACAACUCCAAGCGAACCAUCCUCAAAACAACGAGAUAAGGGGCCACAGCUUACGGUAGCUCUCUGCUUACGAUGCGCUCUACUAUGGAGAAAAUAUGGAAUUCAGUGGGAGAAUGUCGAUGAAGUCGCCAAGAAAAUAUCUCAAAGUGGCAACAAGUCGUGGCGCCGGCGUGUUGAUGAGGAGCUGCUGACACAGCUCCUUAUUUCCACCGAGACUCCGAUUAGCAUCAAUAGUGCAACCGCUGCCACUGCUGCCUCGAUUGGUGUUCCUGUGACAGCCAACCCUCAAGUACAAGAGGCCACAAAAAAGAAGGGGCGCACCAACGACAAGGACAGUGGCGCGACUUCAACUGCUACAUCCGUGGAACCGGCACCGAAGAAGAAGCCGGCACCAGAGAAGGCCCCAGAACCGGCACCGAUUGUCCCCGAUCCACCCAAGGCUAAAACACUCCCUUGUGCCGUCUGUAACAAGAUGGAACCUAUGGGCGACCAACAUUUAUCCUGUAGGGAUUGCCGGCUAACCGUUCAUCGAAGCUGCUACGGAGUCAGCCCGUCACGGAAUUGCGUCAAAUGGCUAUGCGACAUGUGUACCAAUGACAGAAAUCCCUUGUUCUCGACUUGUUACGAGUGUGUUUUGUGUCCUGUGACCUGGACAGAGCAUGAGUUGAUGGAAGCUCCAAGGUCGACACACAAGAAGAAGACUGAGCGGGAUCGGGAAAAGGAGAGGCUAGAGAAGGAGAUGGUUAACGAAGCUAUCAAGCUUUAUCGGCAAAGGCAGGAAGCCGUAGGCAAGCCGAUCGGUCCUCGAGAACCUCUGAAGCGGACUGAUGGUAACAACUGGGUACAUGUCGCUUGUGCGGUUUGGACUCCUGAGAUCAAGUUUGCCAACUCCAAAGAGCUUGAACCGGCUGAAGGAUUUGCACUCAUUCCGGCAGACAAGUACCGCGAGGUUUGCAAAAUCUGCAAGUCAAACAGUGGUGCUUGUGUGCCAUGCCAUUUCAGCGGCUGCAAUGCUCAGUUCCAUGUCGGUUGCGCGUUCCAGGCGCAGUACACAUUCGGCUUCGAUAUUACACCCGUUAAGAGCUCUAAGAGAGAUACUGUGCACAGUGUACGACUUAGGGAUGAAGUAGGAGUAGCCUCCGCGGGAAUUUGGUGCCCCCAUCACAUAGUACCGUCUGUUGUUCAUGCAGUAGGCGAGCCGACGGAGGAAGAAGGUGUCAACGCCCUCCAGCGAUUUGUCCAAAACUACAAACAAGCCGACCUCUCCUUGACUGGGACUCUGCGUAGAGCGGCGUAUGUUCAGCAGUCUGUCAGUGCAUCACAACACAAUGCGACGUCGGCCGGACACCGACGGGCAUCCGCUGUCAAUGGCGUUACCGCUCCUCCGCCUACAACGAAGGAUAACUCUAAGAAUACCGGGGUGUCCACUGAGGAAGCUACAGACGAGAUGGCUAUUGAUUCCGAGAAUCAUGCACCCGCCCAGAUCACUGGCACGGAGGCAACAAGAAAAUGUGCGCGUUGCUCUACCGCAUACACCCCUCGGUGGUGGCCUAUCGAUAAGUCGCGGCGAACCACGGCUGCAGAUCACAGGGCACCCCUACUCAACGGAGCUGGGAUGAAUGAACCAAGAUUUCCGCCUGCGGCCUCAGCAAGCCCACCAUAUAUUCAUCGAAAUCCCUCUCAGCAUUCUCUCACAAAGCUUAAUGGUGAAUUUAAUCCCGCUGAUAGGAAUGGACUAGCGGGUAAUGCCGAAGCAUCAUUGGGCCAACAGAAUCAGGAGUCAUACGAGUGUCAUAAAUGCCAUCUCAAGCAGAUACCUGCCGGUCCUGCCCAACCCUCUCCAGAGCCUCGGCCGUCUCCUUACUCGGCUCAGCGGCCAGUCCUCCCCGCACCACGUCUUCCAGAAUAUCACAGCCAUCCUUACGCUCCUCAUUCCCAUCCUCCUCAAACCGGGGUGUUGCCUAGGCCUCUUGGUCCGCCGCCUUCUAAUGGACCAGAAUGGUAUCCGGGAUAUGAACAGCGUCCCGGCGAUUAUGGGGAUAAGCUUCGCAAUGGCAUUCCAGUUGCUAGCUACCGCGGAGGGCCUCCACCACCCCCACCGCACCAUAUGAAUGGCUUCCAGCCCGCUCCUUCACACCAUGCCCCGCCGCAUCAUUACACGAGCGGAGCUCAUCCUCCUCCUCCACCUCCCCAGCCGUUUCCCACUCACCAGAGCCCUUAUGGGCCAGUCUCUAUACCCUCUCCCCAUCUUUCUCACCCGGCGGGGCCCCGACCAUACGCCCCAUCGGCGUCACCUCCAGAUGUGCACUCAACGAUGGUUCGACAUUCUCCACAGCACUCACUCAGUGCAUUGAACGGGGGACCACCGGCACGUGUAUACUCUGCCGACCGCGUUCUUAGUGCGCCAACGCAGUCCCCUCCGGUUUCGCAAGCACAUGUUGACCCACGAGGUCGGACCCCACCAGUGAAAUUAGACGAUACACCUGUCAUCGCGCCCGCAGGUCCGACGAGCAGCAGCAGGCAUACAAAUAUUAACGGAACAAAUGGCAGUUCUGGUGCCAGCGCAAGCCCAUCGCUCAAGAAUUUACUCUCUUAA